CUCCUGGAAGUGGGGCAGUUAUUUUUACCUGGUUUUUAAUUACAGGGUCAGGAUCCCCAGGAGGAGAUCGGAGGUGGUGCGGUCUGGGGAGCUGUGAGGAUGGGGCGUGCUGGGAAAUGGGAGGUUCCUGGGAGGGCAGCUGCGCGGGGCUGCGAUGGGACGGGAGCCAUGAAUGGUGGCGGCUCCGGCCCGGCCGCCACCGCCCCAGACUGGCGUGAGUUCUGCGAGCUGCACGCGCACGUGGCUGCUGUGGACUUUGCGCACAAGUUUUGCCGCUUCGUGCGCGAGCACCCGGCCUACAACACGCCCGACGCUGGCACCUCUUUCUCCCGUCACUUCGCCGCCAACUUCCUGGACGUCUUCGGUGAGGAGGUACGCCGCGUGCUGGUGACUGGGCCGGUGGCAGCGGCAGCAGAGGGUGCAAGUGGUGCCAUGGAGCCUGCCGCGACGGCAACAGCAACAGCAGUGGUGACCCCAGCACUUAAGGCAGCCACGCACGGCCACUCCCGCAGCUCCGAAGAUGUCUCGGCGCCCGCGGCGGCCAGGACCCGCGUGCGCAAGGGCUUCUCAUUGCGCAACAUGAGCCUGUGCGUGGUGGACGGUGUGCGUGACAUGUGGCACCGACGUGCGUCGCCAGAGCCUGAUGCCACUCCGCGCACCACUGAGCCCUCCACUGAACCGCGCGACAAGUGGACACGGCGCCUGCGGCUGUCACGGACGCUGGCGGCCAAGGUGGAGCUGGUGGACAUCCAGCGCGAGGGCGCACUGCGCUUCAUGGUGGCCGAUGAUGCGGCCGCGGGCCCUGGGGGCACAGCCCAGUGGCAGAAAUGUCGCCUGCUCCUGCGCAGGGCCGUGGCGGGUGAACGCUUCCGCCUGGAGUUCUUCGUGCCACCCAAGGCAUCCAGGCCCAAGGUCAGUAUCCCUCUGUCUGCCAUCCUGGAGGUGCGUACCACCAUGCCCCUGGAGAUGCCAGAGAAGGACAACACAUUCGUGCUCAAGGUGGAGAACGGAGCCGAGUACAUCCUGGAAACCAUUGACUCCCUGCAGAAGCACUCGUGGGUGGCUGACAUCCAAGGCUGUGUAGACCCUGUGGACAGUGAGGACGACGCUGAACUGGCCUGUGCCCGCGGCAGCUGCCUAGCCAGUCGCAUGGCCUCUUGCAGCUGUGAGCUCCUCACAGAGGCAGCUGACUUGCCCCGGCCCCUGGAGACAGUGGCCAACGCUGGUGCCGUGGUGACAGCCCCACACAGCCGAGCCCGGGAUGGCCCUGGGGAGUCUCUGAGCCACGUCCCGCUGGAAACCUUCCUACAGACCCUGGAGCUUCCGGGCGGCAGUGACAGCAACCACGCAGCUGGCGAGGAGGGGGCGGAGCCGGACCCUGAGGCAGAGCCCCAAUUGGAACUCUGCGACUACCCCUGGUUCCACGGGACACUGUCCCGGGUCAAGGCCGCCCAGCUGGUGCUGGCAGGCGGGCCCCGGAGCCAUGGCCUCUUUGUGAUCCGCCAGAGUGAGACUCGGCCUGGGGAAUACGUGCUGACUUUCAACUUCCAGGGCAAGGCCAAGCACCUGCGCCUGUCCCUGAAUGGCCACGGCCAGUGCCACGUGCAACACCUGUGGUUCCAGUCCGUGCUGCACAUGCUCCGCCACUUCCACACCCACCCCAUCCCGCUGGAGUCUGGCGGCUCGGCGGACAUCACCUUGCGCAGCUAUGUGCGGGCCCAGGGUCCGCCGCCUGAACCGGGGCCCUCGCCCAGCGCUGCCCCCGCACCUCCACCAACCUGCUGGGCUGAGCCAGGUGGCCCGCACUACUUCUCCAACCUGGCCACCGCUGCUGCCACCUGCCCGGCCGCCUCACCAGCCGACGUGCCCGGUGGCGGCAGUGGUACCACCUCAUCAUCUGCGUCCUCAUCUUCAGCCACGUCGGGGCCGGCAGUACCACGCUCGGCAGAAGGCCCGCUGGGUGCUCGCAGCCGCAGCAACAGCGCCGAGCACCUGCUGGAAGCUGUGGGUGGCACCGAGGAGCCUACGGAGCCUGCACCGGGCCGCGCGCGCGCCGUGGAGAACCAGUACUCAUUCUACUAGUGCCAGCGGUUGCUAUACCCACCCCCACGCCAGGUGGGACAAGCCAAACUCUUCAGUGAAGACAUAAAUAUUAUUAAAGAGCCUGUUUUAGGGACUG